AUGACUGAUACAAUUUGUUCAACGCCUAAUUGUAAUAUUCCUUUACUACGUUCAAAAGACAAAUCGAUAAGCUUUUGUGUUAUUUGCGAUGACAAGGAAACUGAAAAUGCUUCAAAAAAAAGUUAUAAUGCAUCAUCUUCUUCAAUGAAUGAAAGUAGAGAGCUUUCAAGCUCAAAGAUUAUUCAAAGUCAAUGCAACGAUAAUAGCAACAACAACAACCUUAUUCUUAAUAAUGAUGAUGGUGGUGACAAUGAUGGUAAUCGGGAGGAAAAAGAGAAGUUGAAGUUACAACGUGAACAAUCACAAAAAGCUUCACAACUUAUUGGACAAUAUUUGUUAAAGGGGUGGGCUUUAACUGAUGAAAUUUGUCCCAAUGAUAAAUGUUGUUCUAAAAGCUUUUGUGUAAUAUGUCAAAACUAUUACAUUAAUGAAUCAGAUUUAGGCUCAUUAAAAUAUAAAAUCGCCACUUCACACGAUUCUUCUUCCACUUUGAGUCUUAAAGAAAAACACAAACAAGAAAUUGAGUCAACGAAUCAACAAUAUUUUGAAAAACCUAUUAUCAUUGAAACAAAAGAUAAUUCAUAUGUUGUUAGACAAACUGUUUCGACAUUAUUUUCAACUCUUGAAUUUCUACGAAAUCAAUUAAAACUUUCAAAUGAUGUGUCGCAUAUUAAACUGGUAUGUGAUUCAAUAAAAAGUUGUGUACAAGCAUUAGAAGUAACAAAAGGAUUAGAACAUAAAAUACAAAUGACAAAUUUAAUUAAUUAA